AUGCAAUUCAUUCCAGAAAGUGAAGUCGGUUUAAAGUUAAAGGAACUUCUAGUUCCCGAAAUUGAGAGGCGAUACAAUAAACCUAACGAUGAUGCAAUGGACAUUGCGGAUUAUUUGAUGUACUUGAUAGCAGCUAACAAGAAUCAUGAGGAAAUCAUAGCAGAAAUACUGGAGAUUGGAGACAUUCCAAUGGAUCAAGCAUUUAUAAAUGAUGUACUUGUCGAAAUUUCUAAAUUACAGAAUGAAAUCCACGGCGAACCUCUUCCCGAAAGACAAGUUAUUCAACAAGAACAACCACAGCAACAAGAACAACCACAACAACAAGAACAACCACCACCACAACAACAACAAAUUGGACAACAACAAGGAGUGGAAGUAGAAAUGAAAUCUCAAGAAACAACUGUCGAAGUUCAAAUGCAAGCACAGUUACCGGUCCUUCCUCGGGCACCAGCGGCUUACCUAUCUGAAGAAGAAAGACGUGAAUUAAGAAAUCAACGAUUUGGUGGGACUCGAGGUGGUAGAGCAGGUGUCUCCAAGCCUGUGCAUGCAAGGCCAGACAGAAUGGGGUUUAAGAAGAACCUUCAAGAUACUAGAAGAAUAGAAAGGGCGCUUGAAACCCCAGGUGGGGCAGGUGUUAGAGUGAUGAAUACCUUUACUCCACAAGCACCAAAAGGAAGAUGUCCAGAUUUUCCAUACUGUAAAAAUAAAGAAUGUGAAAAGGCUCAUCCAACAAAGAAUUGUUUCGCUUAUCCAAAUUGUCCAAAUCCUCCAGGGACUUGUAACUAUUUACACCCCGAUCAAGAUCAAGAGUUAAUUACUAAAUUACAAGAGAGUAAAAAGGAAUUUGAAGAGAAGAGGAUUAAUAGAAUAUUGGUACAACAAGGAUCAUGUAAAUUUGGUGCUAAGUGUACUAAAGCCACUUGUCCAUUUGCCCAUCCAACUCCUGCCAAUGCAACAGCAAUCAUUGAAACCUUGGAAUGGUGUGCGGAUGGAAAGGGAUGUCAAAAUGCCAACUGUACAAAAUCGCAUCCACCACCGCCAACUGCUAGUGCUGCUCCUGUUCCUUCUGCUACGGAAAUUGCUUUAGAGCAAUGCAAAUUCGGUGCUCAAUGUACCAAUACGAAAUGUCCAAGGAGACAUGCUACAUCUGGUAUGCCAUGUCGUGCCGGGGAAGCGUGUAGAAGACUCGAUUGUACGUUUGCGCAUCCAAUGAAAGAACCUUGUCACUUUGGUGUUAAAUGUAACAAUAGGUAUUGUAUGUUCCAACACCCUGAAGGAAGAGCUGUGUCUUCCCAUACUUGGUCAAAGGAUAAUCAACCUAACACGUCAAGUCGUUCGUUUGCAGUUCCAGAAGAUCAAAUAAUGGAACAAGCGGUUCAAGAUCUGUAA